AUGAGCAUGGAACUUGCUGGCGUAUCAGGAUCGGCGCCAGUCAAGAUAAACAAAUUGCUUCUUCGAAUAACGGCCAUGGCGUCUGGUCGGGCCUUUGUUGGCCCUAAGCUCUGGCAUGAAGAGGAAUACAUCGACAAUGCCAUCAACUUCACCACGGAUGUCAUGAUGGCGGUUGCUAGUGUAGCCUUCCUGCCGGUGUGGUUACGGCCUGUCCUCAGUCCAAUCAUGCCAUUGGUCAGGGCGCUACAUCGGCGAAUUCAAAGUGAAAAGAAGCUAAUGUAUCCAGUGGUCCUUUCCCGGAGAGAGCUGGGUGCGACAAUGGGAUCGUCGAUGAAGCCUGACGACUUGCUGGAAUGGCUUAUCGACAACACAGCCGGAGCUGAUGUUGAGCCUGAUGUUGCAGCCAUGCUCCUGGAAGAGGUACGAGAGGUACUUGGGAAGCACGAGGGCAAGUUUACUCUCCAGUCACUGCAAGAAUUGAAGAAGAUGGAUAGUUUUGCCAAGGAGACUAUGCGAUAUUACCCCUUGAUGGCGGCCUCGGUUCAACGCAAAGUUCUCAAACCUUUUGCUCUGUCCAACGGCCAAGUCGUCCCGGCUGGCGUUAUUAUCGAGUGUGCAAACAAGGCCAUUUGCGACGACCCUGCCACCCGACGUGCCUUGCUACGCAGCGUCUGA